UAUAUAUGGACAACACUUGAAGUAAAUUAUAGGAUAUAUAGAAUUUUCAAGGCUCAGUACUAGAAAUCAUCGUCUAUGGGCGUUUUGGGUCUGACACCAUUCCUACAAAAGACCUGCCCAGAAGUAAUCAGAAAACUUCCAGAUCGUCUCAGGUCGUUGCGGGGCAAGACCAUAGUCAUUGACGGCACUCUCAUAACUCAACGGUUCCACUUCGCACCCAUCCCCCACCAACAUAGGCAUGUUUUGGGAUGGCAUCGUAUGGUUACAGAGCUCAAAGAAUGCGGGGUGAAAGCCAUCUGUGUCUUCGAUGGUAAAGAGCGCAAUGCAGCUAAAGCCCGGGAGGUUGAAAGAAGGAGGGAAGUACGGAAAUUGGAUGCUGCCCGUGGUUCCAUCGAGGUCGAGAGACUCAGUAGACUCCGAAAGCUGGCCCGUCUUCUACUCCAGUGCCGUUCUUUGGAAGCCCAUGAUCGUGAUAGAGUAACGCAAACGUUGCGUAACAUCUCAUCCAGCAGAUAUCCGUCAGCGCAGAGUGCCAAUGGGAUAUGGCAAGCUCCUCCCGCUCCAGAACAGUUGUCCACGGGACAAGAAACACCGUGGCCUGCUUCAAAGGAACCUCCUUCGGGAAAAGGCUUGGGUGCGACGUCGCCACUGCCUGUUAAUAUCGAAUUGCCCGCCCCUCAUCAUGGGUCAAACUGGGAGGAUAACUCCUCGUCGUCAUUCGAUCUCGUUGACAUAUCCCAGUCGGACAUUCGUGAUAUACUUCUCAGUCGUAUCGGGCAGGUUGUAUCCGUACCUCAUGAAGUGCAAGAACCAUAUGACCUUUCCUAUCAAGAUUGUAGUCAAAUGUCUGAAAUAGCCGAGAGAAAGGUAUCUGAAGAACAUCCAGAUCUUUUCCGCAGGCUUGACAAGAGUAGCUCUGUCUUCAUAUCAGAAGAGCCAAACAAUGCUAUGUCCCAAUUCAACUCAAUAGCUGGACCGUCUUAUGAUAUGUCAUCAACGUCCAAAAUAGAAACAAUCGUUGCCAAAGACAUCCUAUGCGCUUUAUCUUCCCUCUAUAUAGAUUAUCGCCAAAGUAUCGCUCGAGUUACGUCUCUGCCAUCACCACUAUAUUCCCAACAAGCUUCUGAAUCUACGGAGGAUGCGGCAGAAGCCCGACUAGAGUAUGCUAUGUCCAAGUCGCAAUUGCAGUUAACAUUGGACGAAGGGAAGGUCUGGGAUGAACUCGUAGACCCGCCAGGAUUGUUUGAAGAUGUAACAGGUGCAGCAGAAAUAAGCCUUGCCCUACUCGCGGAAAAAAGCAGUAUAAUUUCCGAGUCUUACGAACGACGAACGCACCCUCCUUCUUUACAAACAUACCAGGAAUGUAGAGAAAUCAUACGUGCUAUGGGCAUACCGUGCAUAGAGUCCACAGGUCCAUUUGAAGCGGAAGCGCUGGCGUCCUCUCUAGUCAUCAAUGGAUUUGCAGACUAUGUCGCCAGUGAAGAUACGGACGUCUUGGUAUACGAAGCCCCUCUCAUUCGGAACAUUGCAAACCGUGAAGGACCCCUCAUCGUGGUAUCAGGAUCAGACGUACGCUCUGUCUUACAGCUCGAACGCUCAAGCUAUAUCGACUUUGCUUUGCUUCUCGGAACUGAUUUUUCUCAACGGAUAAAGAAUGUGGGUCCUCAGCGUGCACUCAAGUUCAUAAGAGAGUAUGGUUCGAUAGAGAGAGUACUGGAACAAGAAAUCAAGUACCCACCUCGCAUGCCACUUCCGAUAUAUCUCCGACAGGUUGAAUUAGCUCGAACAGUCUUCCAGACUCUCCCUCCAGUACCAAAUCCAGAUCUUCUCCAAACUGCGGCUGGAGAUACCACUCAAGUCUUUGAGAUUUUGCAACGUUAUAACUUACAACGACAUAUUACAAAUCAUUGGGAUCACCAGACCACUCUGGCUGGCAAUUACUUUGGAGAUAAUCCCACUGCAUAGACCUGCAGAUUUGUAGUCUAUAUCGAAUGUAAAUCUAGGAGAAAACGUUUCCCAAAUAAACUUUAUAAACUCGUGACGAUAGCUAUAGAUCGCUUGAUUAGCACCAGAAAGCAAAUAUACUAUCGAUGGAAAAGGUACAGCUACAACAUACUGAGCAACGUCCAAAAAAGGUCCGGUACAAUGUGAAAAAUGGUAUACAUGCGACUAGUUGAUCCUCUGUCAUACUUCGUUCCGAAGCAUGAGACUGAAGCAAGGCUCGCAAAAUGGUUUGCUAUCUCGCAAGAAGAAAGACGGAUUCUCAAAAGGAUUUUCACAUCUCUGCAACCACAGUGUCAGAUUCAAACCAACCAGACAGCUUGAGACUCACCGAGCAAACAAAACACUCCCAGCACCAUUUCCCACCUAAUGCCUCCACAGCACGAGUCCCGUCGCGUAUGCUCUUCUUACAUCGCUUGCACUUGGGCAUACGCAACCUGACAUGGCAUGCUUCACAAUAUGGAUGGCCUUUGUACACCGUGAAACCAACGUCGUCGUCUUCGAACAUACCAUCUCCCGUUACGCUCAGUUCACCCGUUCGUGUGCUCGCGCCUGAAGGAGCUAAGAACGGAUCGCCGCACUCCGCACAGAAAAAGUGCUGUUCGUGAUACGUCCGUUUCCCAAGGGCAGGAUCAUCUAAUGUGAUAAACCGCUCGUCGAUGAUAGACGUCUUGCAAUGGUAACACCGAGGUGCAAAACUCGUGAUAAUCAAGAUGACAGUAUGGGCGGCCUUCGUGUUCAUAUGACGACACGUGUUCAAGCAACUCAUUACAGACCGUGCAUUUAAAACAUGCAGGAUGCCACCGUAAACCCAUUGCGCUCACAAUCCGUCCUAUGAUAGGCCCACCACAGCCGCCGCACGCCAACUCGCCCGGACGUCGAAUCGGAGGGGGAGGUAAGCCGCGUUUCGCACCCCC